AUGGAUAUUGAAGAUGUAAUAGGAGAAGUCAUUGGCAAAGAUAAUCCUAAAGUUCAGGAAUCCUAUGGAAAGACAAGCAAGCUGAUGGAUGUUGUGCUUCAAGAUCUGGAGUUGAUGAGUGAGCAAGAUUGUAGUUCUCAAAGGAUAAGUCAAGUCUCUUCUUCAUUUGCCUACUCCAUCUUUAAUGAUCUAUCAAGUGAAGAAAAUAAUGUAAAAUCUAUUGGACAAUUAGCAGAAUCUAUAGAGGUUGGUAGUUAUUGGGUUUUUGCUACUAUUAUUGAAAUUGAAAGUGAUCAAGAUUGGUGGUACUUAUCCUGUAAACGAUGUUCAAAGAAAGUCAAUCCUGUUGGUAAGAGAUUUUACCGUGAAAAGUGUGACAAGUUUGAUUUUGAGGGAACUCCUAGGUUUAAGGUCCAAGUAAGAGUUAUUGAUGACACUGGUAAUGCUUCUUUUCUUUUGUGGGAUCUUGAGUGCUUGCAAUUACUUGGUAAAAUAGCUAAUGAUUUGAGACAUGAUUCGACAAAGAUUUCUAUGAAUGAAUCUUAUCUUGCUGAGAUUGACACUUUGGUGGAAAGAAAAAUACUAUUUAAAGUUCAAAUAAAAACUCAGAAUAUCAUGCAACAUUAUGAAAUGUUACCUAUAUUGUUUGAUUCAAUAAAUCUAACGGAGGUCUCUUCGAAGCUCGUCCGGUUCCUUUACUUCAUUGACGCCGGCGAGGCAUUGUUAAAGGAGAUGAUGCCAACGUUCAUGUUGGUGAAAGGUGGGAAAGAGGUGAGCCGCGUUGUUGGUGCCAAAAAGGAUGAGCUUGAUUGCAAGAUCGUGAUUUUGAGUCGAGAGGAUCUUCAAAAUGAGUUGGCAACUAUGAACAAGAGGCUAGAGGCUCAAGAUAAUUUGAUAGUUGAUUCGAAAAGAACAUUAGAGAUGUUGUGCAAUCACAUUGGUAUGACUCCUCCACAUGGAACACAAAAUGCAAGUAACAGUCAACCAGAAGAGGGUGAAGACGUAUGA